GUGCCCCUGAUGCCGAGUCGAGGCGCUCCAACGUAGAAUUUAAACUUUCAGCACGUCCGGACUUUAUAAGUCAAACAAAGUGGCCUACCAGUGCUCCAGGACAUAGGCACAGCUCGUCAGCCAGAAAAAAACCGAUUCCGGGCCGUACGCAGCGAAUUCCAGCCCAAAAAGAGCAGACAAAAUUCUUCUGAUUUGAAAUGCGCGUCGUGUGGGUAGUCGCGGCGCUAAUCGCGGCGCCCGCCGCGGGCUUCGUCCCCGCGCCGCCCGAGGUAGCGGCUCUCCACUUGAAAGAGACGCUGAACAAAAAGGGCUUCGUCCGCGUGCCGGGCGCCACGUUUCCGCGGCGUGGAAUUCAAAUCUCGCCAGCUCCAGCGAGCAGACGAUGUACACGCAGGUUCCGCGCGCUGCUGCGAUGGAAAGGCGCGAAGGAAGAGGACCUCCAACUCAUCGAGUCCGGCGCGGUCCACGCCGACGUCGCGACGGACGAGGGCGCCAUGGCCUUCCGCCAGUCGGCGGCCCACCGCCUCGUCGCAACGGGCACCGCGACGUUCGUGCCCGCCCAUCGCCCGGCCGUGACGAAGAUCCCGGCGAAGGAGGUACUGGCGCGGCGUCCGGCGAGGCAACGCCGCCUUCACGGUUCCGUCGCGCGCAGGUCGCGUCCGCCGCCGCGGCCAAGGUCCGGUCCAAGCGGUCUGGGAACCGCGUCUGGCCGCUCACGCCGCCGGCCUACGCGGCGUCGACGGUCCCCGUCGCCCUCGCCGAGGUCCAGCGCCUCUUCCUGCCCGACGCGCACACGCCGCAGCACGGCGUCAACGCGGCGUCGCCGCACGUCGUCACGGACCAGGUGCUCAUCAAGGUGACGAAGACGGGCGACGGCGACCAGUGCCCGACGCCCGAGGGCAUCCACCAGGACGGCUCCGAGGUGAGCGCCGUGACGAUGAUCAAACGCGACCGCGUGACGUCGGGCGGCGAGACGCGGCUCUGGUCCCUCGACGCGACGACGGGCAACUACUGUGCGAACCCCGCGUCCACGCCAUCGACGCGACCCGACACUCCUUAAUUCCCGCGCAGGCGAGGACGACGAGUGCCGCGCCAUGCACCCGCACCUGCCCGAAAGGCCCGACGCGUCGCUCUCGCUGGGCACGCUCACGCUCAAGGACCCGUGGGAAACCGUCCUCUUCAACGACCGGGCCCUCAAACACGAGGUCGAGGCCUUCGACGGCGACCGGCCCUGCUCGCGCUGCGUCAUCGUCGGCUCGGCGUGGAAAUCAACCGGCGAGUCGGGUACACCAUCGCAUAGUCGCGUCGAUGGCGUGGAGAUCGACGCGACGAUUCAGCACCGCGAACUUUGAUUUCCGCGCAGGUCCAAUUGACGCGCAAGCCCCUCAAGGACGGCACGGACACGAUGCUCCGCGACGGGUCCCUCGUCACGCUCGAGUAGAGCACCACCAAACUACCACCUCCGGCGCCCGCGGCCGCGUCAACUGUCUGUCGACUAGUGCCCUGUGAACUACCCCAUCACCCUGUCUGUAACAUAUGAUGUACAUCA